GAAGGUGAGACUCAACGCAUUGAGCUGAUUAGUAGAAUCGACGAUAUAGGGACGAUGAAUCAAGUAAUGGGGGCGCUUGGCAUUCCUUCGAAAGGGUGUCAAACGAUGCAAGAUAUGAAAGAUCUAGUAAUAACGAAAACAAACCAGUCUUCAAAAUCAAUCAGUUGGAGUGCAGGACAGGUAAGAAUGAUUGCUGUUAAGAGGAGAGAUAUUCAGAUCAUGUUAUUCUUCAUUAGCGCGUUAUUGAUCGCAUUACUAAGUAACAGGCUUCUUGUAAGAUGUUAUUUCUGAGACAGGGCUUUGUGCAAGUAGUUUGUGUGAAAACUCCACAUAAGAGUCCUUUGAACGUAAUUUAACUGCGACAUUUCAGAUUUAUAUGUUUGAGGACAGCUACAUAGACAGCUCUUUGAUUUGCUUCAACUGUUUCGUAUGAAACGGGCUUUCUGUCGUUUCUACAAACAUCUGGUAGACGAAGAACUAGGCAAGCGUGGAAGUAAGUCAUGAGGGUAAUUAUUGAGGCCUCUAGGGCCUGGUAUUGCGUUGUAGUUUCAAAUCUGUUUAAUGUAUAUUUUCCUUUCUUGCUUCAUGAAAUAUGAAAUGUCAGACGAAUGGCACAUCUUUUGUUCCUGUCACAUUUCCCUGUAGCUUUUAUAUUAAGGCUAGUACCUUACUGGACAGGAUACUCACAUCUAACAAAUCAAACCCCAUUUUUUCAUGAACAGUGAGCGAUCAUCUAAGUUUUCGUAGAGCUAUCCGACAGUAAUCGAAGCCGUUGUUUAUCGAUGCGUGGAGGGAAGCCGGCAUACCAUCGGGGAGCUUGUCCGUGUCGUAACAGAUUCACUGCAGCAAUAAUGCAUUGCUUUUACUAAGUACUAUAUUUCCUGGGACGGGAAUAAGCUAGCUAGGUUAUCAAUUAGGUCCAAAAUUCGAUCUACCAUGGUGUAACAGAUCAGUGUCAUUCUGAGAUAUACAUGUAUCACAGCCGCAAGUGCAAAUAGCAGCAGGGGCGUAGUUAGGUAUUUUCCAGCGGAACACACGGUUUUCCAAAUCCACCCUAACCUAUCUGCCUCCCAAGCCGCAUUAACGGUUUACUUAAAGAAUGAAUCAGUUCAUGGUGAAGACUUUUAAGUAUGCUCUGUUAAUAGUCCUUAUAUUUGUAGAAUUUUAAGGUGUAAGUUUUGAGUAUCUUUGUCAUUUAUGAGAGGUAAGCGUCCGGGGGUAGGCGUUGCAAUCAGCAUUUUGCAAAUGCUGACAAUCCCUGAAACCGUCGUCCUGUUAUUGUGAGCGUGAAAGUGAAAUUAAAACGGUCUGCUUUCACUGAUCGACUUCACUGCUAGUGGGCAGUUAGUAUAAAGUGAAUUUGCGCUCUCUGAAUUUGUCGUGAGCGAGCUCCAGUCAUGCGGGAACAUGAUUAGGCAAGUAACGCGCGGCACAAGUUUCAAAACAGAAAGAAAAAUAUCAUCAGGUAUGGGUUUCAGCUCAAUACAAAAGUUGGAAUUCGGAGAUUUCAUCUCGCAAUCGUGCAGGUACAAUAAAGAAAUGUACCAUGAAAAGCCGUGAUGCACCAAGGUGCAGGUGCCACCGUCAAAAGUUUCUCAGUUAUCCGGACUUUUAAAAGGACUGGUUCACGGUUGAGCGGAUGCUCAUUCGUCAAAAUGCUGUUUUUCUGCCGAGACAUGCUGCAUCGUCUAUGCAAGCAAUAUGAUCAUGUCAUAAUGUUGUCAAAGAACCAAUCUGCACACUCCCCUGGCAGUCACUUGCACUUGAUCAGCUUAAAUAUUUGCAAAUAGCUGUAAAUUUAUCAACCAUGGAGUAAAACCUUCAGGGUCAACAAUAAAUUUAACGUUGGUAGUGUUGGCAUAAUUCACUAAUUUUUUUUCUGCGAUUUUAGUACUCCUCCAUGCUACUUCGUUCCUCUGAAAUACACUUGUACUUUGAAAUACACUCUGAGAUCGCUGAGAUACAACUGAGUGGGAUUAUUAACCGAUAGAAUUAAUAAUAAAUUGGAAAAAAAGUAAUUUAAUUCAUGAGUAUGCGCUUAACCGUGAAACUGUCUCUUUAAAUCAGAAGCAAUUGGUGAACAGUAAAUGGUGAUGGGUCAAUCGUUUUUUUCUAUUUAGUUCUUAACAGAUUUGACUUGUCUUCUUUCCGCAGGCCUUUUCCAUUUUGUCAGAUGCAAAAGAUGACGAUGUAAGAAAAAGAGCUAGGUUACGGAGUCUUUACACUGAAGCUGAGGCAUUCCUGGAAGAACUUGACCCCCAAAUUGUUGCCCCGCUACAACAGAGUGUUCCCGAUUUUGCGCAGAAGCUGAAAAACCACAAGCUGCAACUAACACAGAAGGAGUACUUUGUGCUUGUAGCAGGUAAAUCAUAGUACACUUAUAAACUUAAAGAACAUUAAUAUUCAUUCAAAACAUCUCUCAUUUUCUGAUUGGCUUAAAUCCCCAACCAAUUCCUUAUGAUCGUCAAUGUGGCAGGUAGAUCGUGCAUUCACUAAUCGGAUGCGUACUUGAAACCGCAGAGAAUACACCUGGAGUGGUCAAUCGAAAAAAAUCGGUAUCAAUUUAUCGACAAUCGAUAAAAAUCGGUAAAUCUGAUUUGCGUGAUAUCGAUUGUAUCGAUCAAUCGGUAGAAAUCGAUGACACACUCGCUUCGUUCCUCAAUUUAUCUUGAUUUUUACCGAUUUCAUCCAUUUAUAUCGGAACAUACAUCUGUUCAUCUGUUUAUCAAAAAACAGACAUCCCUUCGACUCGAAGGAACGUCUGAAAUUCAGGCUUAGGUUGUAUUUCUCGCGAUACUUGCCUGCGAGAACUGAAUGUAAAUAGACCGCAACCUCGUUCCCAGGUUCUCUCUCCUACCCGUCCUACCCUGGCCCUACCCUCUCUCUCUCUUCGUAGGGACCGGUAGGAGAGAACCCUGGGAACGAGGUUGGGUAGACCGAACCGUCCCUUUAAUAAUAAUAAUAAUAAUAAUAAUAAUAAUAAUAACAAUAAUAAUAAUAAUAAUAAUAGACACUUAUAUAGCGCGGUAUCAACUAAUUGCUCAAAGCGCUGUACAAUGAUAUGGUAAGAAACUAGAGUUAAAAACUGUUAUAAGAUAAGAUAAAAUUAAAUAAAGCUACUAAAAUCAAACACUGUAGGCUAAUUUAAAUAAGUAUGUCUUCGACUGCGUCCUGAACUGGUCGGCAGAUGUAACAUCCCUGAGUUCAGGGGGCAAUUGAUUCCAUAACCUGGGAGCAGCUGCGGAAAGAGCCCUAUCACCAUACGUCUUUAACCUAGUCCUAGGCACGGCUAGAAAAUUCUGGCAACUAGAACGAAGUAAUCGUGGACCAUUAGUGUAGCGUAAAAGUUCGGAUAGGUAAGUUGGUGCCAAGCCAUUAAGACAUUUGUAAACUAAGAGGAAAAUUUUAAAAUGUAUGCGAUAAUUUAGAGGUAACCAAUGAAGUUUGAACAGGAUAGGAGUGAUAUGGUCAAACCGCUUAGAUAAAGUAACAAUGCGUGGAGCAGUGUUUUGUAUCAAUCUUAACCUGUUUAACAGGUGUUUAGGAAGGCCAUAUAACAAAGAGUUACAGUUAUCGAGUUUAGAGGUAAGAAAUGCAUGUACUAAAAUUUGAGGGGUAUCUUCGCUUAACAAGUACUUCCUGAUCUUAGCUAUGUUCCUUAGAUGAUAUUGACAGGAAACGCAGAUUUUGUUAACAUAUGGUCGGUUAAAUCAAGACUCUGAUCUAUAAUUACCCCCAGAUUUCGGGCGGAAGGUUUGGGUUGGAUCUUCUCAUCAACCACCUGGAUAGACUCCAGAAAAGGCCUGCAACGAAAAUUGCGAUGCACAAAAUAAAGGGUUUUAAAGGGAAACUUGUGCGUAGUUUCCACAUUUCUUAUUUUCAUGUUUGCUGACGAGAUCGAUGUUACUCGUGGAUGUGUUUCCUCAGCGCUACUUACAUAACUCUUGCCAAACUGAACAGCAAUGGCGGGCUUCUGGUACAAAUCGUUAAAAUCAUGAAAAAUCGUUAAUAUCGAUUUGACACAGGAAUUCCGUUUAUCGAUUCUCACCGAUUUGUGUUAUCAAUCGAUAAAAAUCACUUGAUUGCUACCGAUUAUUAUUGAUUGACUAAUCCGGGAAUACAACAACCUUUUUUUCUGGUACAGUCACGAAACCGCGACAGCGAAAAACAGUUGUCGCAAAAAUAGGUUUCUAUCUAUUGUCAAUAAAAAAAUGAUUAUCGGCAAUUACAGAUUGAUCGAUUGGCUUUCCGAUAUUGGUUUUUAUCGAUUGGAAUGCACUAGUCAGGCUGAUAAAGGUCUGUAGUGAAGGCUGACACUUAUUUAUCCGCUGGACAAGAUAAGUUUAUAAGCUCCUUUGACUCGCAGCAAGUUUAUUUCCAUAACAUUCCACAACCAGAGGGUAAUUUUGAACAUUUCUGACGUCGACGUACAAGGUUGCAGGCCUUGAAAUUUGUUUAAAUGUCAGUAUUUUUUUGUUCUAUUCUAUUGUUUACUUCCUCAUCGCCUUUCCGUAAGGAUCAGUUUGCCUUUUCAUAUUUUUCUACAAGAGAGAUCAUUGGUUUGUUGCUGAGGACUUGCUGACAUUUUAUACAAAUAUAAAGCCCUUGAAAUGCAACAUUUUGCUGCGAUUUUGUUUUAAUCGUUUUAUACAAUAAAACUUUUUGCUGUGGUCCUGUUUUACGAGACGUUUUUAUGAACGUUUGCACAAAAAAGUGCAAAAUAACCGAAAUUUUAAAUUUUGCUAAUAAACGGCCAGACCACGCUCCAAUUUUGACGCAAUAUCCCGUAACAUCCCGUAAUAUGUAGCACCUUACAAUUUCGUUCCUAGUUUUCUUAACCUCGUUCCCAGGAUUCUUUCUCCUUUGAAUGACGACCAUAGUUCGAUUGUUUUCUUGAGUCCUUCCAAGUGGCUUAUCUUAUAUAUUGGUAACUUGUUAUCUUCACAGGAGAGACAAGUUCUGGGAAAAGUAGCUUGAUAAAUCUUAUUUUGGGAGAAGAGCUUCUUCCAUAUUCUGUUCUCAAUAAAACGUCUACCAUUUGCGAGCUAAGAUUUGGGGAGGAACGUAAAAUUGUUACCCACUAUAAAGAUAAGGAUCCUGAAACAGGCCUACCAACAAAAGUUGUCCCCUUAAGAGGGUGUCAAGGCGGAGAAUCAACAGAACAAGGCUAUCUUCAGCAGAUUACACCUUAUGUUCAUGUAAAAAGUGAUCGCGAAAGAGGAUCAAUUUUCAAAAAGAUUGAGCUCUUUUGGCCUCACAGUCUCUUGGAGGUAGGCUUGAUAGACUUAAUACAGUUUAAAGUAAGUGUUGUAGUUUGAGGUCAAUUUUAUGAUACAUCAACUCAUCAUUCUAGGUAUGGCUAUAGAAAAGGUUAUAGAAGGAAUGAAGGAAUACUAUCGAGUGUGAUUAGUAAUGGAUAUAUAACUGUACUACUGCUUAAAUAUAUGUAUUUUUUGGUUAGUAUCGUGACUGUUACACAGUAAUCAGCAAAAAGCAUUAUUGAUAUUAUUUCCCCUGGCUAACGACUGUUUGUUCAGAUAAGCAUACAAACGUGUAAUGAGGAAACUUUUUUUAAAGCUUUUGAAAAGGACUAAUAUAAAUCAAAGCUAGCUUUUCAUUUGUAUUUGAGAAAGGAAUUGUGAUAGUUGACAGCCCUGGAGUUGGCGAGUCGGAUAUUAUGGACGAGAUAGUUACGCAGUAUCUUCCCCAGGCAUUCGCUUUCCUUUAUGUCAUCAACAGUGCAAACGCUGGUGGAGUUCAGAGAGACCGAGUAAGUAUCGCAAAAACGAUUUUUCACCCAUGGAAAGGAGUCAUAAGUGCAAAUUUAAGGAGCAUAUUGUUUUAGAAGCUACGAGAAAAGAAAACCUGCGACUUGUCAGAGAACAACUCUACCGAAAUGUCAGUAAAAUGGGCGAGGUGACAUUUUCAUUGUUGCAGCGAAUCCUCUUUAUCAUCAUCAAUCUUUAUUUACACACGAAAUCGUAUCAUUUUACAUGGUCUUCCUAGGAAUCGUGUUUAAAACUACACUAAAAUACUCUAAGGAACUAUUUGACUAUAAUGUUAAAAAUACAAAAACUUACUUUAUUAAUAACAAGCUAAAGAGUUACAAUGAGUCAUUGUGUAUAAAAAUAAUCUUUCCCAUGAAUUGAAGUUUUAAUAACAUUUAAACUAGGCAGUUUUCUAAUCUCUGAGGGAAUCUUGUUCCACAGAACAGAUCCUUUGUCGUGUAGUCUUCCUUUUGCAGACUCAUUUCUGGGUCAGGGGGCAUAAUAAUUUCACUCAGAAGUUCUAAGAUUGUGUGAAUGUACAUUUGAGGUGUUGGUAAAGAUCCGCCUCAGAUACGACGGGGAAAGAUUAUUAUGGAUUUAUACAUUGUCACAGACAACUGUUUAAGUCUUACAUAUUCUAGCCUUUCCCAGCCAAGCUCAUCCAAUAAAACACUUGAGCGAACGUCAUAGUUAGAAAAGGUGAGAAUUCUAGCAGCCCUAUUCUGCAUCUUUUGAAGUUUGUCUGCUAGUCCCAUAUAGAUAUUACCCCACACAGCACCGCGGUAAUUGAAAUAUGGCAUUACCAGUGCACUGAACAUAUUCACUCUAGUAUGAAAUGGCAUAAAAUGAGUUACACGCUUUAAGAUAGCAAUACCCGCGGAUAUUUUCUUUGAAAUGGUAUUAAUGUGUGGACGCCAGUUCAAAGAUUCAUCAAUUUUAACUCCAAGGGAUUUAUGUGUAAAUAGGGAGCUUUAGCAACGUCGACAGCGACGGCAACCAGAACGUCAAAAAAGCAAUAGGUUUAUAUUAGCAAAACAACAACUUUGCACGUGCAUCACGCUUUUUUGUACAUUUCUUCACGGUCCUUGCACGACUACGACGUGAAAACGCCUAAUUGCAAGUUUUAUGGAGGACGUAAACAAGCGAGGACGAAUCUCAACUCAACUCCUAGGAAAUUCGCCUACACUUGCCAUUUUCAGCAAAUUGGAAUAAACGCGACAAAGAUUGAAAAAACGGGAAUUCAUUUUAAAACUGACGUUUUCGCUGCCGUUGCCGUCGUCAAUGCUAAAACUCCCUAUUACCCUUUCUAAGGGUGUAUUAUUGACUUUGACUGUGAAGUCACUAUUUAUUUGGGAUAACUUAAAUUGGCUCCCUAUAAGCACUUAUUUAGUCUUCUUAACAUUUAAAGUUAAUUUGUUUGCUGGCAGCUAUGACUGAAUUAAAUUCAUAUCAUAAUUCAUUUUACGUUCAAGGACACAUGGGUCUUCUGCAGAUGAGGUAAAGGUAGUAUCAUCUGCAUACAUUCUGGGUUUUGAAAACAAAUUACAUGAAGGGAGAUCAUUAAUAUAAAUAGUAAAUAAGAGAGUGCCUAAAAGAGACCCUUGUAGAAUACCACAUGUUACAUUACAGAUAUCAGAUUGAACUCCAUCAAUAACCGUUUGUUCAGCUGUCGGUCCGAUAGAUAGGACCGGAACAAGUUAAGAGAUUGAGAACUGACCCCAUAGAGUUUAAGCUUUCCCAGUAGGAUAGCAUGAUCCAUGGUAUCAUAAGCUUUUUUCAAGUCCAGGAAUAUCACACCAUUUAAGAGAUUGUUGUCAAUAUUCCAUAGCCAUUCAUUCGUAGCCUCAAGUAGAGCUGUUUCAGUGGAAAACAUAGGUCUGAAGCCAGAUUGUGAUUCAGUUAACAACUUAUUAUUAUUUAAGUAUUCAUAUAAUUGGUUAAAAACAACUCUUUCAAUUAAUUUACUUACUACAGACAGAUCUGAGAUAGGUCUGUAGUUGUUAGGAUCAGUCUUGAGGUCCUCUUUAAAACUACUUGCGCAGGGGCCAUUCGUGGCAGCCAAAAGAGCCAAUUAAAUUUUAGUCAUUAGUAGAUCAUUUUGCUUGACGUCAUUUUAAAUGUUUUGCCUAUUACUAUGGUGCCCUGUAAAGUUUGAUUUAGUGCAUGUACCAUUAAUUUUUACCUACUUUAAAUUUUCCCCUCAUAUUCCACUCGGAAGUUGCAUUUAUAUAGUUAAACAAGACACAUGGGUGCGUGAACCCGGCCUUCUUUUAGUUCAUAAAAUGAUAGAGCGCCGGGGGAAAAUGUGCACUAUGUAAUAAUGCACUAUAGCCCAUAUGAACUUUGAUGAUGAAUUGAUGAUGAAUUAAAUGGAAAAAUAUACUACCGGCUAGCUAAUCUAGACGACUUUGGUCGAAUGCCCCUUUACGAGCUCCGCAUAAAUUCAGUGAUCAUACAAAAUAUGUCUAUUUCGUUACUCUUUCAGUUUGAAAGAUUACUAGAGAAAGUCAGAAAAGUGACUCUUGAAAGACAGGGAGCAUUACCUACCAAAUCUGCCCUUUUUGUGUGCAACAAGUGGGACCAAGUCCCAGAGAAGGAACGGAACGAGGUGAAGAAUCACGUGAUUGAAAAAUUGCAAAGAUGUUGGCCUGGGGUUGAUCCCGAGUCACAGAUCAUACAUAUGUCAACUACAAAUGCCAUUCUAGCCCAAGACCAUAAGAUUGUUACCGAGGAAUUUUCCACUUUGAUGAACGGCUUGAGGCGCAUGGUGUUAAAGAGUAUUGGAGACAUGUUGGAAAUUCAUUGGAAGUAAGCAUCAUGUACAUAUUUUAUAGGGGCGAUUUUAACAUAGCAUUGUUGAACGUAUGUUAACAGUUAAACGGUAGAUAUUGGCAUAUUUGUAUCCCCAAAAAUUUUUCAUCUGUUCGGAUUUCCUAGCUGAAAGCCUAGUGAUUCGAAAAUUUUAGGGAUGAAAACUUACCUUUUCGAAAAUUUCGGCCAGAAAAAAGGCUCCCGAAAAUUCUAGGUGACCUUUAUCAGUAGGGUAAAAAUCCGUUAAAACUAAAUGACCAAUCUUAUAGAUGUUCGAAAAUCCUAGGAGAGGGAGGCAAGCAAGAAAUUUUACAAGAAAUGUUCCGAAAAUUCUAAAUCUCAAAUCGUCUUCUGAACAGAUAUUUUCCGAAAAUUGACUUUGGGUGCUCCUGACUUCUAAGCUUCAGCGAAAACUUAGAUCAAGCUCGAUCACCGAUCACUAUCUUUAUAGCGCCACGUCUUCGACAAUAAAUUAACCCCGAUAAGCCAUGCAGCAUCUUGCUUGUGUUCUUUGAUCAGUUGCCGUCAACAGAUCCAAAUGUUCUCUGAUUCUGUUUUAACUGUUCCAAACGGAGGAACUUUUAGAGAGAAUAUAAUGAAAUCGCAGACGCAACAUCGAAUUGCUUGUGACCGGAUAUGUAAUCAACCAUCUUACCACAGAUUAUCAUAUGCCUAACUGCAAGGAAGGCAAAUGGCCACGGGACUUUAACACCUUAGGGAAAUGCCUGCUGGGAAUUCCUGAACCGACCUAAGCCUCUCAGGUGCACACCAUCGUGUGCUGAAAAACGGGAUUUACAGUUCCAAAAACCUCUGUGUCGCCAGUAAAGAACAUAAGGAAUCGGCUCCAAAACUACUUUAAGAUAUUUUGUUAAUAAUUUAGCUUGGCGAUUAAAUCAAGCAGCAUUACCGCGAAAAAUAGUCUGGCAAACACAGACCUUUUGCUCACCGUAUGACUCAUGCAGCAAACGAGAUAAGUCCUCGAGAGCUGAUUGGUGCCCAACUGGAUGACGACAAUCUCUGGGGCAAAUGACUCUACUAUUCCUGGAUCACAUCGGAUUACUUUAGAAAUAGUUCUUCCCCCGAUGCCAUGCCAUUUGAUGGAAAGAUCUCCAUCUAUGUGUAAAUUUGUUGCAAAUACCUUAAAAUUUUGAUAAAGAAAGGCGUGUAAAUGGCGAAUAAUGGCCGAGAAUCAAAACUCCUGUCGGUGACAUAAAAGACGAUGUCUAAAUAAAAAAAUAGUAAAAAUAAUCUGAACUACGGAUUACUUGCCUGAAAAGGUUGAAAAGAAACACUCUUGGAAAUAAUUUUCGGGGGUUCUGUUCAAUCUGAUGGCGGGGAGAGGAAGCAAGAAUAUCUUACUAGAACUCUAUUUUAUACUAGGCAUGUGACCUACUUAAACCUGACUGGCUAAACUACUGCUAGUAUCCGUGACUGGUCCCAGCCAACUCCAGACGAAUAUCACGUGCGUACCACGCCUCGAUAUAAAUUACAUUAUGUCGCACCAUUGUGAUCGCUUGUUUCAGUCAGUGUACCUUGUUUUUUCAAUACGUUUGACUUCUUUUGCCGAUUUGUUUGUCGUGUGUUAUCCGUGGAACCUAUGUAACGAGGACAUUGCGCCGCAGACAUUCUAAUCGAGUCGCUUGGCUUGUUUACGUUCGCACGUAUUGCGUGCCUUUUGCAACUUUGAAUCAAAACAAACGAUCUCGAUUACUCUAUUUGGGCGACGCCAAAUAAAAAUGAUAACAUGUCAUCUUAUGACUUCACAAAACGGUUUUCCCAUGUCUUUUGCGCAGUUAGAAAUCUCCUUUUUCAUUUUUCCUUUUUUUUUAGCUUUUGACCGUUGUAAAGAUGUGUGUAACUUAUUAUAAAUAUCAUUGGUGACUCGACAAUAAAACACUAAAAUUUAGGCUUAUUUUACAGGGGGUACUCCUUUUUUGUAUUCCGAAUGUAUUCAAAUUCUUAAUGUCAUAUCUCAGUUCAUAUUUGAGAUACUGGAAAAAAAAUUCAGUUUUCAACUUCCCUUGAAAUUUUCUCUUAAAAGGAAUAUAAAAAUUGAAAGAUUCAAAAGUUUAAAAAUUAAUGAAUGAAUGACUUCAGCAUAUGCGACGUCAUAAUUUGACACUUGGCGUCUUCCUUUAAGCCAAUUUGAUUGGCCUUAUGGUUUAUAUUUUCAGGCUAAGUUUGGUAAAGAAAGGCCUAAAGCAAAAAAAAUAAUGUAUGGUAAAUUAACCCAAAUUGCAACGCUUUGAUGAGCUCUUUUGAUGUGGUUAAGCCCCACCUUGUUCAUCUCGGAAAAAGACAAACUCAUGUAAACUAUGAUGGAUUGUUUGGUCUGUAAGGAUGAAAAUCAAUGUUGUUUUAUUUGUUGUUCUCUUAAUUAGCUGGUUGGAUGCCCUCCUUUCUCGAAUAAUCUAUCAGGCAGGAGCCAUCGUAAUGAAUGCCUCCAGAGAUCGCGACCAAGUUAACCAAAAGAUGGGAGAGAUUGAUAACCGUCUAAAAGCGAUUGAAGAACAACAAAGUAAAGUCGUUGCUGACCUUCAUCAGUACCUGAAGACACGUACAGAUGUCGCUUUGGAGAAGCUAUCAGAGUACCUUUCGUCGGAAGAAGUAAAAGCCCGCUUUACCUCAUGGAGAUUAGAGGAAGUACCAAGAUCAGAAGACUCCUGGGAAGCAACAGAAAACCAAAUCACAAAAGCGCUAUCAAGUCGGCUCCGAGAAUUCAUAGAGCAUUGGGAAGAAUAUAACAAAGUGUUUACAAAUGCUCGUGCUUCCCUGGUGCAGUACUUUCAGACACGCUACAAUUUUGUCGAAGGACAGCUGCUGAACCUCCAGAACGCCAUCACCGCUGACGACAAUGUUUUAGAUGAUCAGCUUUCAGAAACAAACUUAUCCUUGACUCACAAGGUGGUCCUCGGUGUCACAAGUCCCAUCUGGAUUCCAAUUGCUGUAGUUGAUUUCGUGAUAAGUGCUCCCUUUUUUGGUAUGAUGGCUAUUCAAAGAAAGUUGGUGGAUAGAAUGAAAAUAAAAGAGUACGAGGAAGAUAGGUGUGCCUUCAUGAGAGAGAUUUCAAGAACAUAUCUCGAAGAUAUCGGGGAGAAAAUAUGGCUGAAACCUUUCGUAGAGGAGCAACUGAAAGAAGCCAAAGUCUGCCUCAAGCAGAUUGAAGUCCAUUUACCUGAAUUAAUAGAGGCAGACAAGAUGCUGUACAACCAACUUCGUGAGGAAACCCGUUCACAGCAAGACAUGAAAAAACUAUACCAGCCAAUUUGGAAUAAAGGUUCUCAUCUUAGAGGACGCCUGGCAGAAUUUGGGUUCAAAGAAGUUCGAGUCACUGAUAUCAGUGCUGAUAAUCUGAACUGGAAGGAGGACACUUCUUCAUGUCUUGGCUGCGGUGCAUUUGGAGCUGUGUACCUAGGAAAGAUGAAAAGAGGUGAAAAAUCCCACACCGUGGCCCUGAAGGUGCACAAUGAAGUGCUUGAUGAUAAAAAUGCCACCCUUUUUAUGGCUGAAGUACAAAUGUUAAGGUGAGAUAUAACGUGGAACGAUAACUCGCACGAGACAUUAAAACAGAUAGAUCUAGUGUGAGGAAAAGGAAGUGAUCGACGCUGAUCGAUGAGAUACGAUGAAAUACUUGUAUCUUCAUGAAAAGCUUCUUGUGAGUCCAUGCGAAAUUUGGCUUUAGUUAAGAAUCGAACAAAAGUCCGACUUUUCUUCAUAAUUUUAAUCACACGCAACUAAGAAGUGGUGGCGUGUAUACUAGUAUAGAUCGACACAGUGUGGGAUCAUUUGUUGUAGUUUCGAUCUGAUAGCACAAAAAAUAAUAUUAUUUAUCUUUCUGUCAUGAUUUAAUGCCUAACUGAUAAAAAACCUUUGAUUAGUCUUGCACGAGAUAGACGAUUUAGGUCACCUGGUCAGUUUAAUAGGCCAGUUACUAGCGGGGGCUUGUGUCGUGAUUUCGGACUGCCUAUCCAGGGAAUUAGGCACGGAUAUGGGCUCACAGUAAAUGUAGUAACUUUCAAAAAAUGAAUGAAUGAAUAAAUUUUGUUGCAAAAUCGAUUCUUAAACUGUUAGAACUUUACCUUCUAGCAAUGGAAAACUAAUAUGUCUUCUAAAUUCUUUGGUAGUAUUUGUUGUUUGCAAACAAUUAUUCUUGCCCAGAGAAGAGGGGUAAACUAGAGUACGAAUAGUUUUUAAAUAUAAUUUAACUCUUUUUUCUUUUAAUUACUUUUUUAGAAAACUGAGUCACCCUCACAUUGUUAACUUUUAUGGCACUUCACUGCUGCUGGAACAAGAUUCCGUGAGAAUUAUUCUGGUUUUAGAAUGGUGCACAGAAAACCUGCAGAACCACAUCUUUAAAAACCACCUCUUAAUUCCUGGAAAAUCAGGAACAGAUGAUGCCAAAAAAAAAGGUCGUCAAUGGGUCAAAGAAAUCACUGAUGCUCUGGCGUACAUUCAUGAACAGGGGAUAGUCCACAGAGACCUCAAGCUUGAAAACGUCUUGGUAUGAUGCAAAGUGGUGUUUUAGUUUUCUCUCUUAAUUUUAAAACCAACAAGCUAGUUAGUGGACAGCGAUCUGAUAUUGAUAAAAAAUUACCAAGAUAACGUUUAGACAUCACUGUAAAACAUAUUAUCAUUUGUGGCAAAUUUUUCAAUUUUUCCUCCUUUUCAUUGGCCGAGAGCCCACCACGUGACCUGCAAAUAACUGCCUACAAAUAAUGGUCUGCUCAUGGGCAAUAAAAAGGUCAUCCAACCUUGUUGGGCUGCAAAUAUUAAUCUUCUGCUCAUGCGUAAAUGAAACCACGCUUUUCUCCUUCUUGCGAUCACUCUUGCUUGAAAAUGGAAGAUCUCUUCCCUUCCCGAAGAAGAAAAAUUAAACUCGGUGAUCAAGUGAUAAAACAAUUAUCUCACCGCUAAAGUCAGUGAUGGAUUAAAUCUACGGAACACUUUCGACGUUGACUGCGCUGAUUUUUCAAUGCUCCAGGCAUGCAUCGUGUCAUGAAUACACUUACUGCAUGAAAAUGGUUGUUUUGAAAACAACAGGAAAGUGCAAAAAUAGCCUUCAAAACUAUUCUUGACCAUCUUUCAUGUUAAGGUGUUUCGAUGCAGUUUUUCAGAGCUAGGCCAUACCGAUAUUUUUCAACCGCUUCAAAAGUGAUUUUAUCCUUGUCUGAUCGCUAUAAAAUUUUCACCGGUGAUUGACUAUAGAUUAAAAUUUUUCAAAAUGUAGGUUUUAGUAAAAUCGAUAUUACUAUGACAACAAUAAACAAAAGACCUUGAAAUUGAUAAAAGCCGCAUUUUGCGCGAUCUAGACCAGCUACUGAAAAUCCAACACUAGGAACUUAAAGUUUGGUGUUUAGCAAAUAACUUCCGGAAGAAGUAAAAAAUUCUGUAUGUUUGAAUUCGGCUAAAACGAAAAUAUAUUUCAAACCUAAAAUUUUCAAUAGCAAUGAUAGAUUAUUUAAUAAAAACGUUAUAAAUGACUCAAAUUAUUCUUAAGUAGCGUCAGAAUGCUGCUUAACUGAAUAUCAAAUUUUGAUGGUAGGAAAUUUUGGUGUAUUUUCGUUCUUGCGAUCUUGAAAACUACCUUUUUCUCACCACCUGUCUAAGUGCAACGUCGUUCAAAAUUUCGACUUUCAGCGUUAUUUUGUAUAAAACGACUCGAGCGAAUUUUUUAAAAUCUCUUCACAUAAUGUAUAUAAUAAUGUCUGAAACGUUCAUUAGAUUGAUUCACUGCAACAUCUCGAAAUUUCAAGAGAAACCUAUCCUACGAAUGGGUCAAAAAUCCGCGCUACAAUUUUCACUGUUUUGACGUUAUGCUAAUUUUUUCCAAAUUAAUGCGGACAAUACAUAUACAUGUAUCCAUGACUAGUAGAUUUCAGUGUGAGUAUUGUCAAUGUUUUACAUUCAAAAGAUGCGAUAAAUUCAAACUAUAAUGUACUAGUCAUGGAUGCAUGUAUAGUGCGAAUUAUUUUCUAAAAAUUAGCAUAACGUCAAAACAGUGAAUGUUGUAACGCAGAUUUUUGACCAGUAAGUAGGAUUUGGGUUGAGUCAUUUAUAACGUUUUUAUUAAAUAAUCUAUCACUGCUAUUGAAAAUUUAAUGUUUAAAAUAUACUUUCGUUUUAGUCGAAUUCAAACAUACAGAAUGUUUUACUUCUUACGGAGAUUGUUUGCUAAACACCAAACUCUAAGUUCCUAUAGUGUUGGAUUUUCAGUAGCUUCUAGAUCCGCACAAAAUUCAGCUUUUACCAAUUUCAAAGUUUUUUGUUUUUUUUUGUUGUCAUAGUAAUAUCGAUUUUCCUUAAAACUACAUCUUCACAAAUUUCAAUCCAUGGGUAAUUACUGGUGAAUUUGUUAUAGCGAUCAGGCAAGGAAAAAAACACUUUUAAGGCGAUUGAAAAAUAUCGGUAUCGCCUCUGAAAAACUGUAUCGAAACACCUUAAAGCCUUUGGAAAAAAAAUUGAAAAGGACGUGGUCCUAGGAGGGAGCCACAGGCAGCCGAGUUAACAGUGAGGUAGUUUUUAACACAAAAGAUUUUAGAAGGAUAAAGCUCUGGGUUGUUUGAGCUGAAAUAAUCCGUAUGCAAGGCUGAGAGAGGCUAGUAUGGGCCCCCUAGACUCAGGGUUUCUCCUUAAGCGAGUAACGUACAGUAGUGUUACAAGACACUAAGUGUUCUUAGCAUGCUCAACUGUACUCUGAUCAUGAUAUACUGAGAAGGUAUAGUAAAGAACCAAACACAUUCCGGCCUACUUCUAAAAAAUGAGAGAGCGACUUUUUAAAGCAUUUCACUACGACAAUUUGAGAUAAGGCACGGCCUAGAGUUGAUUUUAGUAUAGAAGAUUUUUUCAGGAGAAAAUUAUACGCUAUCUACUGUCAGAACAACAAAUGAAAUAAUUCUUCGUCUUGCUGAUGAAACAACAUUGUUCAUGUAAAUGUAAGUUCUUCCUUCUUUGUUUCUUCUUUGUUUCUGGUUGUAUUUCCUUUGAUUUUACCUGCCACCUACAACCUAAAUUGUUCAGGGAGCUAACAUUGGCUUCCCAGCUUGCACAUUAUUCUCAUUCCAUUGAAAUCAUUUUGUACUGUAAUUAAAUUUACUGGGGUGUAAUAUUAACCAUGUACAUCGACAAAAGUAUAAUCAAGAUUCUUAUUAUUAUUAUUUAUUAAUGGGUAUGGUAAUUUAACAGUGAAAUCCUACUUUAAUUUAAGUUUCCGUCUUCUUUUAAGCUGUCAGAGGAAAACUCAGUGAAAGUUACAGAUGUUAAGAUAUCUAAGGCAACAGUAGACACUACUGGUACUCUUGCUGGAAGCCCUGCCUACAUCGCACCAGAAGUGUUCCACUAUAAGGUGUAUGACAGCAAAGCAGACAUCUACAGUCUUGGUAUAAUGUUGUGGGAGAUCUGGUACGGCAAACACGCGUUUUCAAGCAUUAGAUUCUUGAACCUAGAAGACUUCUUCAGGGAAGUGGAUAGGGGGUGUCGUCCAGAACAUUUAGAAGAUCACGUGGAUCCUCCUCCUCGCUGGGAAGAACUCAUGAAGGAGUGUUGGCAGGCGAUGCGAGAGAAGCGUCCUACAGCUAAGCAAUGUUAUGAACGAGUUUUAGAUUUUUUUUAA